AUGAAGCUGAUUUUGAUCUUCAGUGCCCUCAUCGGGGCUUCCUUGUGCCUGGAAACCUUUGUUGGGGACCAGGUUCUCCGAAUCAAGACAAGAAAUGAGGAGGAGGUUAAGCAGUUGCAGCUUUUGGAAUCCCUGGAACACCUGGAGCUUGAUUUCUGGAUAAAUCCCUCCACUGCUGCCCUCCCUGUGGAUGUGCGAAUCCCUGCUAACAAUGUCCAAGCAGUCAAAGCCUUCCUGGAGUCCCAGGGGAUUGAGUACUCCAUCUUGAUUGAAGACCUGCAGGCUGUUCUCGAUGAAGAAAAGCAAGAGAUGGCCUACAGUCAACAGAGGGAGCGCAGCAGCAACAGCUUCAACUAUGCAACUUACCACACUCUGGAUGACAUUUAUGCAGAACUGGAUCAUCUCGCAUCUGAGUACAGCAGCAUUGUCAGCAAGCACAAAAUUGGGGAAUCCUACGAAAAGCGGCCUCUGUACGUGCUGAAGUUCAGCACCGGAGGAAGCAACCGUCCCGCGAUCUGGCUGGAUGCUGGGAUCCAUUCCCGAGAGUGGGUUACUCAAGCCAGUGCCAUCUGGAUGGCUAAAAAGAUUGCCUCAGACUAUGGGAAGGAUCCAUCCAUCACCUCUCUGCUGAACAAAAUGGACAUUUUCCUGCUGACAGUCACCAACCCUGAUGGAUACGUGUUCACUCACACCACGAACCGCAUGUGGCGGAAGACCCGCUCCAGGAACCCCGGCAGCGUGUGCAUCGGAGUUGAUCCAAACAGGAACUGGGAUGCUGGUUUUGGAGGUCCUGGAGCCAGUAGCAAUCCCUGCUCUGACUCUUACCGUGGGCCCAGCGCCAACUCAGAGGUGGAAGUCAGAUCUGUGGUCAACUUCAUUAAGAAUCACGGCAACAUCAAGGCCUUCCUCACCCUCCACAGUUACUCUCAGCUCCUGAUGUAUCCCUAUGGCUAUAAAUGCACCCCACCGGCCGACUACGCCGAGCUGGACGCUUUGGGAAAAGCUGCUGCCAGUUCCAUCAGGUCCCUGUAUGGCACCACCUUUACAGUGGGGAGCAUUUGCACUACAAUUUACCAAGCCAGCGGAGGCAGCAUCGACUGGAGCUACGAUUACGGCAUCAAAUACUCUUUUGCCUUCGAGCUGCGCGACACCGGUCGCUACGGCUUCGUCCUGCCAGCCAGCCAAAUCAUCCCCACCGCGGAGGAGACCUGGCUGGGCCUGAAAAAAAUCAUGGAGCACGUGCGAGACAAUUCCUCCUAAAAGCCAGGGUGGGCUCUUACGAGGGUGAGCAGCGAGCUCCUAAAUCCUCUUCUCUCCACGUUUCUUGUGACAUCCCUAACCACGUGGCACCUGG